GGCAGAGGGCAGCCUGCCGGCCAUCCUCGCCUGCGAGCGCACCCAGGAAGGCGUUCUUCCCAGGCGGUAGCGCCUCGGCUCGCCGCUGCGGAGCGGGGCAGCGGCGUGGGUGGAGAGGCUGUAGCGUUGGUUUCUCCUCCUCCUCCUCCGCCCCCCCCCGGAAAGCCUGGGUGGUGCGGCCCCGGGUCAGGGCGGAGGCGGCGGGAGGUGCCGUCCGUGCCGCGCGGCGAGUGCAGCCCCGGCGGGGAGCGGGAGCCGGAGCCGCCCCGGCAGCAGCGCGAUGGAGCCGCACCGCUGGCUGCCCCUGGAGGCCAACCCCGACGUCACGAAUCAGUUUCUCAAACAGUUAGGUAUACAUCCUGACUGGCAAUUUGUAGAUGUUUAUGGUAUGGAACCAGAACUGCUUAGCAUGGUGCCAAGACCUGUCUGUGCAGUGCUGCUUCUCUUUCCAAUAACAGAAAAGUAUGAAACCUUCAGAACAGAAGAAGAAGAAAGAAUAAAAGCUAAGGGGCAAGAUGUCAAACCAUCAGUGUAUUUCAUGAAGCAGACCAUUAACAAUGCCUGUGGAACAAUUGGACUAAUUCAUGCCAUUGCAAACAACAGAGAUAAAAUGAACUUUGAAACUAAUUCUUCGCUGAAAAAGUUCCUAGAAGAUUCAUUAUCUAUGACUCCUGAAGAGAGGGCCAAAUAUCUAGAAACUUAUGAAGCUAUUCGUGUCACUCAUGAAUCCAGUGCCCAUGAAGGUCAGACUGAGGCACCAAGUAUAGAUGAAAAAGUAGAUCUUCACUUUAUUGCUUUAGUUAAUGUAGGUGGUCAUCUCUAUGAACUAGAUGGGCGCAAGCCAUUUCCAAUAAACCAUGGGGAAACUAGUGACGAUUCCUUCUUAGAGGAUGCAAUAGAAGUUUGCAAGAAAUUCAUGGAACGUGACCCAGAAGAAUUAAGAUUUAAUGCAAUUGCACUGUCUGCAGCUUAAAAGCCUUUUUGAGUGGGACUAAUCUAUUGCAAUGUGUUGUAACAAUAAAACUGUUGCCAUAUGUUAAUACUACAAAUUUUGAUACUUCCCUAACAUGUUGAUUAAUUGUAGCCUAUGUGGAAUAAACUUUGCAUUUGUCCUUGCUGUA